AGCUUUUCCUCUCCAAGAUUUAACUUCCUCUCUUCUUCCCUAAUAUCUCUCCAUCGCAAAAAUCGGGGGCUUCAUCUGCCACCAUGAGGAAUACUGGCAACAGAUGCCUCUGUUUAAUCAUUCCAUCCAUUCUCACCCCUGUCUAUCUCUUUAUCUUCCUCCACCACCUCACCAUCCCCAUCGCCGGUUACAGCCCUACAGAAAACUUCGCCAUCAAUUGUGGCUCCAGCGGAAAUUCACAAGAAUUGGGCAGGAACUGGAUGGGCGACAUUGAUUCCAAAUUUUCCCCCUUGGAAAACGGCACGUCAACAACAUCUUCUGCGGAUGAACCACCCUUUUUAUCAGUUCCCUAUUCCACAGCGCGGCUAUCUCGCUAUGAGUUCACAUACUCAUUUCCCCUCACAGCCGGCCAGAAAUACAUUCGCUUGCACUUUCAUCCAUCUUCAUACGGGGGGGAGUUCGAUAGGUCUACAGCUAUUUUCUCGGUCAAAACUGGUGGUGGCUACACUCUUCUUAGCAACUUCAGUGGUGCCCUUGUUGCUGAUUCUGAUCUUGGUAGGGAAAAGAUACUGAAAGAAUUUUGUAUCAACUUCAAGGAAGAAGGUGAGAAGCUGAAUAUAACAUUCGCUCCCACUGCGGGUGAAGAUGCAUACGCUUUUAUUAACGGAAUUGAAAUUGUCUCCAUGCCCGACUAUCUCUACUACACUUCUCCACAAGAUGGAGGGUUUAAGUUUAUUGGUCAACAUAAUUCAUUUUUCGUUGAAACCGAUCAUGCUCUGGAAAAUUUAUACCGACUAAACGUAGGUGGGCAAUCUCUUUCGCCCAUGGAUGACACCGGCAUGUUCCGUACUUGGGAUGCAGACGAUGAGUAUCUUCCGAAACUAGCAUUUGUACCCGUCAACGGAAGCAUUACUCUCAAAUUCAUCCAAAUACCAAAUUACACGGCACCUCUUGAUGUCUACCGCACCGCCCGGACCAUGGGAAACAACAAAACUGAGAACAUGGGAUACAAUCUUACUUGGUCUUUGCCUGUGGACUCUGGUUUUAGUUACCUGCUUAGAUUACAUUUUUGCGAGUUCCAACCAGAGAUCCAGCAGCAGCAGGACAGGGAGUUCACGAUUUUCAUAGCUAACCAGACGGCGGAGAAUCAUGCAGACGUGAUCAAAUGGAGCGGCGGAAACGGAGUUCCCAUUUACAGAGAUUAUGGGGUAAUGAUGCCAAGCCAGGGAAGGAACAAAAAACAAAAGCUCUACAUACAAUUGCAUCCUAACCCGGAUUAUGAAACCCUUUACAGUGAUGCAAUCCUCAACGGAAUCGAGCUGUUCAAACUCAUCAAUCCCAAUUCAGACCAACAGCCUACCUCGAGGGAAAGUAACAAAAUGAAGCUUGUUGCAAUUACCGGAGGUGUGGUUUGCGGUGUAGUUGCAGUCUCAGUUUUAUAUUUCUUUGUCGUGCAUCAAAUGAAGAGAAAUAGAGAUCCUAGCCUCAGAGACGGAGCACUAUGGUGGGGCCCAGUUUUUUAUAUUUUGGGUACGUCCACCGAGACCCAUCGCUCAUCUCUAACAUCCGAUCUGAGCCAUCAUUUCAGUCUGCAAGAUAUCAAGACGGCCACCAAGAACUUUGACAAGGGAUACAUCGUCGGAGAGGGAGGCUUUGGUAACGUGUAUAAAGGGUAUAUCAGUGGAGGAACCACACCGGUGGCAAUCAAACGCCUAAAUCCUGAGUCACAGCAGGGGGCCCACGAAUUCAUGACUGAGAUCGAGAUGCUUUCCCAGCUGCGUCACAUUCAUCUUGUGUCUCUCAUUGGUUACUGCAACCAUAAACGUGAGAUGAUCCUUGUGUACGAGUACAUGGCCAAUGGCAACCUCCGCGAUCAUCUCUACAACACUGAUAAUCCUCCUCUGCCGUGGACCCAACGCCUUCAGAUUUGCAUCGGAGCUGCGCGUGGACUGCACUACCUUCACGCCGGUGUGAAGAAGACAAUCAUUCACCGUGAUGUCAAGACAACCAACAUUUUAUUGGAUCAUAAAUGGGUGGCUAAAGUUUCCGACUUCGGCCUAUCCAAAAUGAGUCCUACCAGCGUGGCAAAUGCCCACAUCAGCACAGUUGUCAAGGGUAGUUUUGGCUAUCUGGAUCCAGAGUAUUUCAGAUUCCAACGUCUGAACGAGAAGUCUGACGUCUACUCAUUUGGGGUGGUAUUAUUUGAAGUACUGUGUGCAAGGCCACCUGUAAAUCAAACAGGGGAGGAAGAGCAAGCGGGCUUGGCACACUGGGCCGUCACCAGCUACAAAAAUGGAAAGCUGGAGGAAAUCAUCGACCCCCAUUUGGAGGGUAAGAUUGCACCAAUGUGCUUGGAGAAAUACGGAGAGGUUGCAGUGAGUUGCGUGCUUGAUCAAAGGAUCAAGCGUCCGUCAAUGAGCGAUGUGGUGAGGGGCCUUGAGCUUGCAUUGGAGCUCCAGGAAAGUACAGAAAAGGGGAACAGUAUAAAUGAGUCCCUGGACCAUGAGGAGAGCCUAUCACAAAUUUCUGGUACAGAUGACGACGACAAAGAUGUGUUUCAUAAUGGAGGUAGAGACGUCUGCGAUUCAGAGGCUAGCAGGGUGACAAUCCCGAGCAAUGAUGAAAAAAGUUCAAUUAGUGUUAUGAUGGAAGACGAUGCAUGUGUUCUCUGAUAUCAUGAAGCCCCAAGGGAGAUGAAAUCAGGCAUGUAUUAGACUAACAGGGCACUUAACAGAUACAGCAGGAGCAUGCAUGGUAUUAUUACCUUGGAGCAAGCAUCCUUCAAGCCCAAGGAGAAGAAAUUUCUCAUAAUUUGUGCCAUAUAGGAUUUCCAUUCAAAAUCAUCUUUAAGGGAGACGAUUCUAGGCUGCGAUUUUCAUUUGAAAUGUGUUUCGUCUCAAUCUCAAAUCCAUUUUCUCUCAUAAACCAAUUUUCUUCCUUCCCAUUUUCAGAUAUCUCAUCUCACUCUCAAACUCAUCUUCUUCCUGCUUUGCAUUUUUAGAUCUCCCCCUUGAUUUGGAAAGAUGACUUUCUGAAAGAUGCCUCAUAAUUUCCCAUACUUGC